ACGGAGAGCGAGGAGGAGGAUUAUAGUGACGAACGACGACCUCGCCCGUUCUACUAUCCUGGUGGGAUCUCUAUCGGGCGACCAUCUUCUGCAGCAGCUGCAGCUCGUAGAAGAACGAAUGGGGACCACCCAGCGUUCUCUGGAAUACGUCAAGUGGGAUCGUUCCCAAGAAGUGUGAAUGAAUGGGAGAAGAAGAGCCGAGCUUCUCGCCAGCCUCAUUCUCGAUCACCGACUCGAAACCGUCUCCGUCUGCGCGGCUCGCUGCUGUGGAGCAACCACUGGUUUUUCGUGAACCGCAAGCAAAAGCGUGUGCUGUUUAUCUCGAUCUGGGCGACCACGAGAGGGUAUGGAUUCUCGCCGUCUGGUGCUAGUGGUGUGAAGUCAUCUGUCGACGGGUCCUAUAGUACUGGGUUGAGAAGCAGCGGGGGCGGCAGUGGAGGUGCACUGGGUUCUGAACGCUUCCUGGGGUGGCAGGGAGCCCAAGGCGCCGGUGCUCGAGCAUUCGCGGCACGGAAGGCAGGAUCAAGCUUGUUUUGA